AUGUUAUCUUUCUACACGAGUCUUUCGCGGAAAACACUUUCGCUUUCCUUGCCAUACUCCUCCCUCCCAACUUUAUGUACUCGUACCACACGAGGCCUAGAGACAUCCGCAAAGACGGUGCGGUUUACAGAAAAGCUCGCGAAUGGACCAAGUUUAAGUGAUUUCAUAAGCGACUCUCAGGAACAUACGCUUGAGGAUGCAAACGGGAUAAAAAAGACAGGUGGGAAUGGAAAAAAUGCAAGCAGCGAACAGAGUGGGAAAAAAAAUUAUCAACAUCUACCUGAAUGGCUAAAGACUAAAAUACCAAUUGGAUCAAACUACACGAGAAUAAAACAAGAUCUUCGCGGUCUUAAUCUUCAUACAGUGUGUGAGGAAGCUCGUUGUCCAAAUAUAGGCGAUUGUUGGGGCGGAGGCGAACACCAAACAGCCACCGCGACGAUAAUGCUUAUGGGUGAUGAGUGUACGCGAGGGUGUCGUUUCUGUUCAGUAAAGACGAGUCGGUUACCAAAACCACUGGAUCCAAAUGAACCAAGACACGUUGCCGAAGCUAUUUCCAAAUGGGGUCUGGAUUAUGUCGUGUUGACGUCUGUUGAUCGGGAUGACUUACAAGAUAGUGGCGCAGAGCAUUUUGCUACAACUGUAAGGAUAUUAAAACAAAGAUCUCCCCAAAUAUUAGUAGAAUGUCUGACUGGUGACUUUCGGGGAGAGUUAGAUUGUGUGGCAAACGUAGCUCUUUCCGGUCUUGAUGUAUAUGCACAUAACAUUGAAACUGUGGAAGCAUUAACACCAUUUGUUAGAGACAGAAGGGCAAGUUUUCGCCAGAGCUUGAAGGUGUUGGAACAUGCUAAGAAGGUUGAACCAGAUCUGAUAACCAAGUCCAAUAUUAUGCUUGGUGUUGGUGAAACGGAUGAGGAAGUCAUGCAUGCAUUGAAAGAAUUGCGAAAACAUAACGUUGAUUGUGUGACAAUAGGGCAAUAUGUUCGCCCAACAAGGCGAAAUAUGAAAGUACAUGAAUAUGUAUUACCAGAAAAGUUUGAUUAUUGGAGAAGCGUUGGAGACGAUCUUGGUUUUUUAUAUACAGCAUCUGGACCAUUAAUUAGGAGUAGUUAUAAAGCAGGAGAAUUUUUCAUAUCCAAUAUUCUGAAACAACGGCGAGAAAACAACAAUAAGAUAAAGGAUGGCAU